UCAUGUAUUGAAAGCAAUAAACAAUAAAUUUUUAUGGUUUAAUUUUCUUAGAAAGAAAAUAGAAAAAUGUUAUAAGUUUAUACUAUCUGUUUGUUAUCAAAUUAAAAAUAUGGCAGUGUAUUUGUUCGUGCUGUUUUUCGUUGCGGUGUAUUUGUCGAGUGUAGUGGAACUUUUAGAUAAUGGAUUGGCUCGGCGGCCUCCCAUGGGGUGGAUGUCGUGGGGCUACUAUAUGUGCGGCGUGGAUUGUCAAAGAAAUCCACAGAAAUGUCUCGAUGAAAAGCUAAUAUUAUCUGUGGCAGAUAAGUUCUACAAAGAAGGUUACCAAGAAGCAGGUUUUGAAUACAUAAUCAUUGAUGAUUGUUGGUCUGAAAAGAAGAGGGAUCAUAAUGGCAAACUUGUGGCUGAUAGAAAGAGAUUUCCUAAUGGAAUGAAGUAUAUUGCAGAUUAUAUACACAAGCUGGGCCUCAAAUUCGGCAUGUAUACCAACAUAGCAGCAACAACCUGUAUGGGCUAUCCUGGCUCUAGGGAACAUUUCAAGACGGAUGCAAAAAUGUUUGCCGAGUGGGAAGUGGAUUAUUUAAAAGUCGAUGGGUGUUUUGUCGAAGAGGACUAUCUUAAUAUAGCAUACAUAAAGCUCGGCGCACACUUAAACGCCACAGGGCGGCCUAUGGUCUACUCAUGCAGCUGGCCCUAUUACAUAGAGUUUAUACAUCAUAAACAGCCAGAUUACCAAAGUGUAUCAAAGUAUUGCAAUGUAUGGCGCAGUUACCACGACGUGGUGACGUCAUGGAGCGCCAUCAAAGCGAUCGUUACUCACUACCUAGAGGCAUACGAGCACCUGUACAAGUUUCACGGACCGGGCCACUGGAACGAUCCCGAUAUGCUGAUAUUCGGCACAGGCUCGCUAACAGAUAGUCAAAGCCGCGUGCACAUAGCAGUAUACGCAAUGCUGGCUGCCCCUUUAUUGUUAAGCUGUGAUAUGAACAGGAUAAGUGAAUACGAGAAGAAGUUAUUGCUCAAUUUAGAUCUGAUUGCGAUCGCCCAAGACCCCUUGGGCGUCAUGGCGAAACCUCAUGCGUUGCAACGCUUAGUCACAAUGUGGGUGAAACCUCAUCUACCCAAAAAAGGAGACAAAUAUAAUUCCGUCUCUUUCGCACUCGUUAAUUUAUCUGAUGAAACAGCAACCGUCUCUUUCACACCGGGACAGUACGGAUUGAACUCUUCUGAUAACUAUGCCGUUAUGGACAUUUUUGCACAAUUAUUUAUAAGAAAUAUGUCUUUAAGUGACACAUUCCGGGUCAACGUACCUUCUGAAGACGCAGCGAUUUAUACAAUGUUUCCAUUAUGAAACGGACCUUUUGUAUGGAAAGUGAGAGACUAGCGAUUGCAUUUAUAAAAGGAAAUGAAAUGAAGAAAUGAUCACGCCAAUGCUCUAAGCUCCGAUAUCGAUGCAUUUAAAACAUUCCUAUUUGAAGUCCGUUAAAAGUAAAAAUUAUUUAU